AUGUCCAUGUUUGCCCGACACACGGUAUCUGGUGUACUCUUCACCCUUGUGGAAUUUGUCCGGAAUACGCUGAAUGUGGAUCCUGUUGUCUUUGUCAACUCUGGACUUGUUGUAGUCGGUCUCAUCACUUCGCUCCGCUCCGCUGGGAAUGUAUUAUACACCUACGCAGAAAAGACAUGCUUGUCAACUGUACACGUGAGGGCGGAGGACCCCCUCUACGAUGAUAUCGUUCGCUGGAUGAAAGAUCAUGCUUUCCAGCGUCGCAAUUUUCUUUCAGUCUUGGCACAAACUACCAAUCGCUCCGACAACGAUAAAGCUUUAAUACAAGCUCCGCUGGCGCAUCCAAAUUCCAACAGGCUGGUCAGCUAUCGAGAGGUAGACGAUAACUCAUUUUUGGAGCUCAAACCUUUCCGUGGAUCACGUCUCUUUCGGUUCAAGCGAACAUGGAUGCUUUUCAGCCACGCAGCGAGCAGUCCUGAAAGUGUUCCACAGGUUGAUACGAAUCCCCCGUUGAAGUUGCAGUGCCUCAGUCUUUCACUCGCUCCACUCAAGAACUUCCUUGACGAAGUUCGUGCCUACGGUCGUAAGGUCUCUGUGUCUAGCAUCACAGUCUACCGCACUAAGCCCAAUUCCCGAGACCACAUACGUUGGAGCUCAGCCGCUUCGCGACCAUCCAGAGACAUCUCCACUGUUAUCCUUGAUAAGCAGAAGAAACAAACUAUCUUGCGGGAUAUCAAUGAGUACCUUCAUCCGCAUACAAGACAAUGGUAUGCCAACCACGGCAUCCCGUACCGGCGUGGGUAUCUGUUUUCGGGGCCUCCGGGAACAGGCAAGACGAGUCUUGCAUCUGCGAUUGCGGGUGUCUUCGGUCUGGAUAUAUAUGUGCUGAGCUUGCUGGAUCCUACCAUGACAGAAUCACAAUUCAGCCGGAUGUUCUCCGAAGUGCCUACACGGUGUGUGGUGCUUUUGGAGGAUGUCGAUGCUGCAGGGUUGAACAGAGGUGACUUGGGGUCGAGCGAAGAUUCCAGUCAACCAGGAUCAGCGACCAGAACACUAGCAAAUACAUCUGUAUCUCUUUCCGGCCUGCUCAACGCAAUUGACGGCGUUUCGUCCCAAGAGGGCCGCAUCUUGAUUAUGACAACCAAUUCGCCGCAGCGGUUGGACCGCGCGCUGAUUCGGCCGGGUCGUGUGGACAUCCACAUUCGAUUUGAGCUUCCAUCUCAAGAGGAAUUGCGAGAUCUCUUCUUGAGCUUAUACAGCGACAUGUUCCACAACACUGAAUUCUCUCCAAAAGAACAGGAGAAGGAGGCGGCAAGGCUGAAUGAACUGGCAGUGCAGUUUGCAGGGUGUCUACCUGAGAGGCAAUAUAGUCUUGCAGAAGUGCAAGGCUUUCUUCUGCAGUACAAACGUCAGCCGGAGGAGGCUUGUGACAAUGUUAAAAGCUGGGUCGAGGAGAUGGAUUAUGAAAAAUAG